CCAGCUUCAGUUGUGUUGCGGCGCUCAAAUGGAGAGGACCACCUAGAUCAGAGACCAGAGACCAGACACCAGACACCCGAGAGCGGAAGUACUAGAAAUCCCAGCCGCGAUCCAAGCCGAUUCCGAUUCCGACCGCUGACCGACAGCGGAGAACGCAAUAAGCUGCGAAACUGUAACCGCCGCUGCGCAUGCGCAGAGACGGAGCUUGUACCGAUCUACGGGAACGAGUGCGAGUGCGAGUGCGAGUACGAGUGCUAGUUCGAGUGCGAGUACGAGCUACGAGCUACGAGUACUUGCGGUUGUGCUGUGGCGCUGUGGUGGCAGCUCGGGCUUAAUUAUUGCCCUCCCUCCCAGCAGCACCUAAAAGUUUAGUUGUUUGUCUGCAUUCUCCGUUCUCCAUUCUCGUGUGAGUGCCAGUGCCAGAGCCAGAGGCAGAGGCAGUGCCAGAGCCAGUGUGUACCGGAGUGUGUGUCUCUGUGGUGUAACGCUUUUCCAUCUCCCUGCUCUGGGAAAACAUUCUGCCCGCGUUAGCGCUUUCUUUUUGUGUAUAACAAAAUAACAAAAGGGAACUGGCCAAAAACAAAUGUAAACAAGGCUUGUGCCGCGGAGAAUCCGGAGACUUGUGCAAUCCGAGCGACAAACAAAAGAUUCAAGCAGCCCCAAAAGUUUCCCAGCAGAAGUGCAAUUUUACCAGCAGCAGCAGCAGCAGCCAAACAAAAAGAAAAUCCGAAAUGAAAACGUGGAAACAGCUGCCAAACGAGGGGCGGCGGCUCCUCCUCUUGCUGCUUUGUUGUCUCUCCCACUUGACCCACCGCAGCGAGGCCUGGCGGCCAUGUCCGGAGCUCAGUCCCGCCCUGCGUCUGCCAUGCAGGUGCAAUGUAGUGCCGUUUGCAGCGACCGGGCAGCUCGGAGCCGUGGCCAUGGACUGCGAUCGCGUUGUCUUCCAUGGCGAUGCCCCACAGCUGCCGUACGGAGCCCCCAUUGUGGCAUAUACGCAACGCUACAGCGGCCAACAGGUUCUGCCAGCCCAGGCAUUUGGCCAGCUGAAGUUGACCAUCGAGGAGCUGGAUCUGUCCAACAACCUGAUCAGGCGUAUACCCGAAAAGGCCUUUGAUGGCCUCAAGGAUUCCCUGAACGAGCUGCGGCUGGCCAACAAUUUGCUGGGCGACAACCUCAAUCCCAUUUUCUCCACGGCCGAGUUGCACGUGCUGAAGAACCUGAGGGUCUUGGACUUGUCGGGCAACAAGAUCAAACUGAUCGAGGAGGGUCUCCUGAAGGGCUGUUCGGACCUAAAGGAGUUCUAUGUGGAUCGCAACAGCCUCACGGCGGUGCCCACAAACUCCCUGAACGGUCCCAGUGGCCUGCGUCACCUGUCCCUGCGUCAGAAUUUGAUUGGGGCGCUGCUGCCGGACUCCUUCAACGCCCAACGGCAGCUGGAGAUCAUUGAUCUGCGCCACAACAUCCUUCGCAGCAUCGACAGUCUGGCCUUCAAGGGCCUGCAGCGGAUACGGGAAAUCAAGCUGGCAGGCAACCGCAUCACCCACCUGAACAGCGACGUCUUUGAAAAGCUGCAGACGCUGCAGAAGCUGGAUCUGUCCGAGAACUUUUUCGGCCAGUUUCCCACCGUGGCCCUGGCAGCAGUACCCGGCCUGAAGUUCCUAAAUGUCUCCUCAAACAUGCUACAGCAACUGGACUACACCCACAUGCAGGUGGUGAGGACCUUGGAGACCUUGGACAUGAGCCGCAACAGCAUAACCAGCCUUACACCUGGUACCUUCAAGGACAUGAACGCUCUCAAGUAUCUGGAUCUCAGCUUGAAUUCCCUGAGAACGAUUGAAGACGAUGCCCUGGAGGGGUUGGAGAGCCUCCAGACCCUCAUCAUCAAGGACAACAACAUUCUACUGGUGCCGGGCAGCGCUCUGGGGCGCCUGCCCCAGCUCACGUCUCUCCAGCUGGACUUCAAUCGAGUGGCCGCCCUCUCGGCGGAGAUCUUGGGGUCUCUUCAGGCGGGCGACAUCACCAGCCUGUCGCUUUCGAGGAACGUCAUUCGGGAACUGCCCCCCGGCAGCUUCCAGAUGUUCAGCAGCCUGCACACCCUGGACCUUGCAGGCAACUCCCUGGCGGUCGUCAAUGCUGACACAUUUGCUGGACUGGAGGGCACACUGAUGGCCCUGAAGCUGUCGCAGAAUCGGCUAACAGGCCUCGGAGGGACGCCCUGGGAGCUGCCAGAACUGCGAUCCCUCGACCUGAGUGGAAACAGUCUGACAGAAAUACCGAUCAGCAUUUUUGACGAGCUGGAGAAUCUGCAGUCCCUGAACAUAAGUGGCAACCACUUGGCCGCCCUCACGGGAGCUCUGUUCAAGCCGCUCGCUCGCCUGCAGGUCAUCGAUCUGAGUCGCUGCAACAUCCGCCAGUUGAGCGGCGACCUGCUGGCUGGACUGCAGGACCUCAAGCACAUCCACAUCAACGACAAUCAGCUGCAGGAGCUGCAGGACGGGACUUUCGUGAACCUGUGGAACAUCAGCUCGAUUGAUCUGUCCAACAACCGCAUCGAGUCCAUCCGCACGGGGGCCUUCGUAAAUGUGAUGAAGCUGAAGAGACUGAAUCUGCAGGGGAACCAGCUGUCGGCCUUCAAGGGCGAGUACUUCAACACGGGCACCGGCAUCGAAGAGCUGGACAUAUCGAACAACCAGCUGAGCUACCUGUUCCCCUCCUCCUUCCGCAUUCAUCCCCGGCUGCGGGAGAUCCGGGCGGCCCACAACAAGUUCUCGUUCUUCCCCGCGGAGCUGAUCUCUUCGCUGCAGUACUUGGAGCAGAUUGAUCUGUCGCACAACCAGCUGAAGACGAUCGAGGAGCUCGACUUUGCCCGUCUGCCGCGUCUGCGUGUCCUGCUGGUGGCCCACAACCAGCUGGACAUGGUCAGCGAGAUGGCCUUCCACAACUCCACGCAGCUGCAGGUCCUGGAUCUGGCCUACAACAGCCUGGAUCGCAUCGGCGAGCGCACCUUCGAAGGCCUGGUGCGUCUGGAGCAGCUCAACCUUGAGGGCAACCGCCUGUCGGAGCUGUCCGACGGCGUCUUUGAGCGCACCAAGCUGCAGAUGCUCGAAAACAUUAACCUGGCCCACAACCGCUUCGAGUACGCUCCCCUCAAUGCCCUGCAGCGGCAGUUCUUCUUUGUAUCCUCGGUCGACCUGAGCCACAAUCGGAUCAAGGAGCUGCCAGGGGACGACAGCAUCAUGGUGAACAUCAAGCGCAUCGACCUCUCGUUCAACCCACUCUCAGUCCAGGCCGUGCACAACGUCCUCAACGAGCCGAAGACAGUCCGCGAGCUGAGUCUGGCCGGAACAGGGAUCGAGCAGUUGGAGCUGCUGGAGACUCCCUUCCUGCAGUUCCUGAACCUCUCGCACAACAAGCUGCGCCACGUGAAGCCGGAUGUGUUCCAGCGAGUCACACUGCUGGAGACAUUGGAUCUUUCCGGCAACCAGCUGCAGACCCUGGACGAGCUCUCGCAGGCCUGGCCUCAGCUGCAAGUGCUCCAGGAGCUGGACGUGUCCAACAACAGCUUUGAGAUCAUUUCGCAGGCCAACUUUGGGCAGCUGGAGAUGCUGCGAUCGCUGCGUCUGAGCCACCUGCCGCAGUGCAGCAGAAUCGAGAAGAACGCCUUCAAGCAGCUGCCGAACCUGGUCCAUCUGGAGGCGUACGAUCUGCCCCUCUUGGGCUACCUCGACCUGCAGGGCAUCCUCGAGCUGCUGCCCGGCCUGGAGACGCUGGACAUCGAGGUGAAGGACUCGAGCAUAGGCAGCGAGCAGAUCCAGCCCCUGAAGCAUCCGCGCCUGAGCAGCCUCGGCAUUCGCGGGGAGCGUCUGAAGUCCAUAUCCUCGGGCACCCUGGCAGGCCUCAAGAGCAGCGAGCUGAUGAUCAAACUGGUGAACACCUCUCUCAGUGCCCUGCCGCCGGCGCUGCUCUUCCCCGUGCCGCGCUCCUCGCAGCUCAACCUGAACGUUGAGGGCUCCCAGAUUACGGUCCUGGUGCCGCAGUUCCUCAAUGCUCUGGAGGAUCGCCGUGCCAGUCUGCAGCUGCAGGGUCUGGCCAGCAAUCCCAUCGUGUGCGACUGCAACGCCCGGGCUCUGCGGCGCUGGCUGCCCAACUCGGGGAUGCCCGAUGUGACCUGCCAGGCGCCGGCCUUCCUCGCCAACCGAAAGCUCAUCGAAGUGGGCGACGAUGAACUGACCUGCGACGCCCGCCGCAUGACUUCCUCCACAUUCCGACCCACCAUCACAGUGCCACCUCUGCACAAGUCGUCCAGCCAGCUGGUGACCCGGAGCAGCUCCACGACCGAGGAACCCCUGAUCAUAUGGAGCCUGGAGCCCACCCAGCCGCCCAGCCUGAAGAAGAUCAAGACGAAGGCUCCGCUGAUGAAGGCCCAGUCGCCGAUCAUCAGCAACGACGACACGCUUAUCAUUGGCAUCGUCGGUGGCGUGGUGGCUUUCAUAGCCAUCCUGAUCAUCAUCAUAUGCAUCAUUCGGCUGCGCAUGAGCAACGCCGAGUACCAGCAGAGCACGGCCAUGAUCGGCAUUCCGUCCGGCAUGCACAUGGGUGCCCACAACGCGGCCUACAACUACAAGAAUGCAGCUGGUGCCGCUCUCUACGCGGUUCCGCCGUACCAGGCCAGCUACGCCACUCUGCCCCACAAAGCGGCCUCCAUUCACCAGUCCACACAGAAUCUGACUCAGCGCCAGCAGCAGCAGCAGCAACAGCAACAGCAGCAGCAACAGGCGGCUGCUGCAGCCGCCGCCUACUCAACCAUGUCCCGCAUGUCAUACUUCAGUGGAGCGGGUGCGGGAGGGGGAGGGGGAGUCCCUGGGAAUGCCGAUGGGGCAGAAAGCCUGACGCAGCAUCAGCACCAACAUCAACACCAGCCCUAUAUCAUAUACUCGGAUGACAAGGCCUACAGAUAAACUUGACUCUUAAUUGACUUCUUUCCCCACAGACAGUCCAGUCACACAUCCCCAUCCCCAUCCCCAUCUAUAUCUACAUCUAUUUCAGUCUCAGUUAGUCAGUCAGCCGCAUCGCAGUGGCUGCCCCAAAAACAGGUUCUACAUUCUCAGCCUUCGUUGUACAUAGACUUAAUGCUACAUUCUAACUGUAACCCUAACUGUAUCGUAUCUAUAUUUAACCAUACUAUACUCAUACCAUACCAUAAUUAAGCGCAGGCAAAUCGCAGGCAAAUGCGAGGCGUAAUAAACAAAUUGUAGUAUAAUCAACA